AUGUAUGCCCUCGAUAACGAUAAGUCUUACGAGAUCGAUUUUGUGGAGUGGUCGGGUUUUCUUAGUUUCUCUAGUCAGAAGGAUUAUUAUUUUCUCUCAUGGAUGUUUGUCAUAUCUAAAACGGGGUCCCUUUGUUGUGUGGCUGCAAGGCCACAUGCAUCCAACACGGCCAGCCGGGACUGGUCUGUGGGACCACACGAGCCUUACUGGAGGACCAAUUCGAGCUAUUCUCCUCCACCAUCGAGAUGGGAUUUUUCAUUUCAGCCGGAAUCACUCUCGUUUGGGUCAAGCGAUGGCAUUCAAUUGUAUGGUUCAUCUGCAUCGUCAAAUAGCCGAGAUAGUCGAGGAUGGGUUAGAGGAAAUAAUUACCUGAGUGGUCAUCAGUUUCUGGUAUCUGAUGGUAUUGGGCCGUAUUUAAGCAGUCUUGAUGUGUCACCAGCCCAGCAAUGGACUCCCCCUGCUAUACAAGAAAUCAGCAUGGAUGAUUAUGGUAAUUCAAGUAGAGAUGUGGUUUUGAGACCGCUAUAUUUCUCACCAACCAUGGAGGGAACAUCGGAAGCCAGAAACAGCGAGGGGUCAAUGUCAUCCCGUUCAGACAGCAGCUGCGACCACGAGCCGGCUGUCCGAACCCACCACCGCAAUACGCGCCGCAGCUUCAUGCCCAAGGCCGUCCACCCCCUCUCCUUCUCCCGUCCCGAGGCCGGUGACUAUCGCUCCUCCCGGUGCUGCCUGUGCGGGAGGCUCCUCUCCCAGAGGUCCCCGUGUGGGUCCCGUGCGAUCAUCCACGGUGGGGACGCCCCUGUCGCCGGCGUCCUCGCGUGCCGCCACGUGUUCCACGCCGACUGCCUCGACCAGACCACGCACGACCCCCCGUGCCCAGUCUGUCGCUCCCCCGACGAGAGCGGUGGGCCCCACGAGAACCGUUGCAGGCCGUGGGGGUGUGACUGUGUGCCGGGUGCAAGGAGCAACGGUGGGAGUGCCUUGCUCUCGCUCAAGUUCAGGAAAAGUGCGUCGAUAAAGGGAAGUAAUAGUAACGGUAGUAACAACAAUAGUAGUGUCGUUGGGGAGUUUCCCGGGAAGGUGAGGAGGGGUGGGGCCCUGUUUUCACCGCGGGUUGUGCGUGGGCCCAGUUGA